GAAGAUUAUGAAUCUAUGCAUGGAGAAGAGUAUGAACCAAUGUAUGAGGAAGAGUAUGAACCAAUGUAUGAGGAAGAGUAUGAACCAAUGUAUGAGGAAAAGCAUGAACCAAUGCAUGAGGAAGAGCAUGAACCAAUGUAUGAGAAAGUGUAUGAACCAGAGUUACAAUUAGAUGAAUCUGAAGUUAGUGAAUUAUCGCAAGUACAAAAGUCAAAUAGCAUAUGUUUCAUAGAUCUUUUAUAUGGAAAUAUUUCAAAAAAAAAGAAGAAAACCACACAAUUUACCAAAGUACCUGAAUUAAAGAAAUUGAAUGUAAAAGAAGGCAUCUCAGUUGUGGAUAUGUUAAAUAAUAAGUCAGGC